UCAUCCCGUGUGUCAUCUUGAACCAUAUUAUAACCGCGGUACAUAACACGGAAAUUUUGGUUAUUCGCUUGGAUUUGAUUAAUAUUUCUCAGCAAUACAUGACAACGUCGUGGACAGCUAAAUGAUAGCGGCUUUUCCAUUUUUAAACCUUUUCAAUUUGAUAUUUUAUACAUUGCUGCUACAAUUUCUAAAAAAUGGCAGCAUUUGAGGAAUUCGGUGUGCUUCCAGAAAUUGCAAAAGCAAUCGAUGAAAUGGGCUGGAUGUUACCCACCGACAUCCAAGCUGAAGGCAUUCCAUUAGUUCUUGGAGGUGGAGAUGUGCUCAUGGCUGCUGAAACUGGUAGUGGAAAAACUGCUGCAUUCUGUUUGCCCAUUAUACAGAUUGUGUGGGAGACUCUAAAGGAUAUUCAGUCCGGAAAACUGGCCAAAGCAGCUGCUGAUAGCUCAUCUCCUUCAUGGACUAUGUCUGUAUUGGAUCGUGGUCCUGCAUUAGCAGUUACACCUGAUGGUCUGAGAGUACAGUCAAGGGAACAAAAGGAUUGGCAUGGAUGUAGAUGCACUAGGGGUGUGAAAUCUGGAAAGUGGGGCUUUGAAGCUACUGUAACUGAUGAAGGGUUAUGCAGAGUAGGAUGGUCAACAUUGGAAGCAAGUUUGGAUUUAGGCACUGAUAGGAAUGGUUUUGGAUUUGGCGGGACAGGAAAAAAAUCUAACAAUAAGCAAUUUGACAACUAUGGAGAGCCUUUUGGUAAGAAUGAUGUCAUCACAUGCCUGUUGGAUGCUGAAACGGGGGAAAUAAGAUUUUUGAAAAAUGGUGUUGAUUUGGGAACUGCUUUUCGAGCAGAUAAGAGACUAUUUAGCAAUGGUAUUUUCCCAGCUGUUGUAUUGAAGAAUGCAGAAAUGGCUUUUAAUUUCGGGGAUAAACCGUUAAAGCAUAGUCUACCACCUUCUUAUAAACCAAUCAACUCAGCACCGGCUGAAAUUGUUGUGAAAAAUACAAAUGGCCAAGGUGGUGCUAACUCAAUUCCAGCAAUACAAAAAAAUGCUCCACAAGCAGUUAUAAUUGAGCCCUCUAGAGAAUUGGCAGAACAGACUAGUAACCAGAUAAAGAUGUUCAAAAAAUAUUUAGAUAACCCUCCCAUCAAGGAACUGCUUGUGAUUGGUGGUAUAAAUGUUAAAGAGCAGAUUUCAGCUUUACAAAAAGAAGGAGCUCAUAUUAUUGUUGGUACUCCUGGUCGACUGGAGGACUUGAUUUCUGGAGGUAAAGAGUGCAAUGCACAAAAACCUAUUGGAAGUGAAGAAAAAGUAGCCGUAUGUCUAAGGUAUUUGGCCACUGGUGACAUGUAUAAAACUAUAGGACUGAGCUAUAGAAUGGGACAGAGAACCGUAUCGAACAUUGUUUGUCAAGUCUGUGAAGCGAUAUGGCGACGUUUACAGCCCAUUUAUAUGCCCGAACCAACGGUGGAAAUUUGGAAGAACAUUGCAUUAGAGUAUGAAAGAAAAUGGCAGUUUUAUAACUGUUUAGGAGCUGUCGAUGGGAAGCAUGUCGCCAUUCGAAAACCACUUCUGAGUGGCUCUUCUUUCUUCAACUACAAACAAUAUUUUUCUGUUGUUUUAAUGGCGACUGUCGAUGCAAAUUAUCGUUUUACUUCUGUGAAUGUAGGUUCUAUGGGUCGGUUUAGUGACGGAAAUAUUUUAGCCAAUUCUCCUUUAGGAAAAAUGUUAUACAACGGUUCACUGGAUUUGCCAGAACCAAAGCCUUUACCUGGACAAAAUACACCAACUCCAUAUGUAUUUGUUGGAGACGAAGCGUUCCCGCUAAUGAGAAAUUUAAUGCGUCCAUAUCCUAAAGCGAGAGUUGUUGGUAGUUAUCAAAACAAGGUUUUUAAUUAUAGACUAUCUCGGGCUAGACAAACAGUAGAAAGUGCCUUCGGUAUAUUAGCAGCUAGAUUCCGGGUGUACAAGAGACCAUUUGAAUGUAAAUUGGAUACCAUCGAUAAAAUAGUGCUAGCCACAAUUGUGCUUCAUAAUUAUUUGAGAACUAAGAUUCUCUCGAUUGCCACUGGCCAGGAAGAAAAUGAUGAAGUGUUGACUAAUUCUCAUGAAAAUCAUUUCAUUCCUUUAGCACUAAACCGAACUCGCAAUUCUACUGAAGCAUUUAAUAUUAGGCAGAAGUUUACUGAGUGUUUCAAUUCUGCAGAUGGAUCUGUUGAAUGGCAACGAAGAGCGAUAGAAAGAGGACAAUUUUAGGAUAUAUACAUACAAAAAUGAAAAGUAUUAUUAAUUAUUAUUAUUAUUAAAAAAAAUAAAUAUGUACUUACGAUGAGUACUCGAGGAAGUGCAUACUCACGUGUUCGUUCUUAUAACCCAAAAUAUACAUAUUUCAAAAUUACUCACCACUUGUAUAAUUUAAAUCUCUGGCUAUCUUCUCCCACAACUCAUUUUUUAAUUUUGUUCUCAUAUAAUCCUCAUGUGAAGUGUCAUACAACACAGGAUUCUCCCGAACGAGUUCGAUCAAUUUCUCCAUUUUGAAUUGAAAAACGUAAACAAAGUGACCCACGAUUCCACGAAACUGUGUUGCUCGCACAAAUCAAACCACGU